AGAGAGCAAACUUUACAAUUUGUUUCAGAGCUUUCAUUUGGUUCAGUUGAAAUUCUACUGAAUUUUUUCUCUAUUUUCCUGUGAGCGGAAGUUAUUUUAUCUUGUUUUCCAUUACUUUCCAAUCUUUAAUCUGCGCUUAAAUCAUGGAAAUAAUAAUCUUUAUUCAGUAAUAUCAAAUUUGGUCUAUAAAUGGAUUAGUGGAUAUUAGCUGUACUGAUCUUUUCUGUUAGAGUGUGCCUCCAUCUUCACGGGUUUCUUGCUUUUAGUGCAAGUGUUUAUAGUGCUUAUUCACAUUUUCCUUUUGUUUUCUAUUCUACUAUUGAGUCAUUUAUCUUUAAAUGAACUAUGACUGAAGAAACUGAUCCAGAUCUGCCCGAACCUUUUGAAUAUGAUCCCAGUUUUCGUGGACCUGUUAAAUCACGAAGCUGUACUGAUCUUUAUUGUCUUUACCUAUUCGUCAUUUUCGUAGGAGCCUGGAUUGUUCUUGCUGGUGUGGCUAUACGUUUCGGUGACCCUGAAAGAGUUAUCUAUCCAAGUGAUAGCUUUGGACGAAUCUGUGGUAGAGAUGAAUUAAUAGAUAAGCCUUUUUUAUACUUCUUCGACAUUUUGCAAUGUGCAAAAAUCAACGCAUUCAGCAAAGGUUGCAACACAACUCAGGUGUGUGUAAAAAAAUGUCCGGACUUUACCGAGAGCUUUGUAAAGUAUCGUGAUCCAAUCUUUUGGAAUGCCUUGACAAAUCAACAGCAAGAAAUAGUCCGUCGAAAAUUAAUCUGUGAUUAUGAAAUUAAGAUUAAUGAGAUUUCCUUGGAUAAAAUACCCGAUCUUUUGCGCACAAAACGCUGUGGUAGGAUUUACUUCAAAAGUGAACCAUUCUUAAAACUGCCGUCCAAGACGAGUAAACAAGUUGUUGGUAGAUGUGUUCCAGAUGCUUUGUCCUAUUCAAAUAAAUCUAAAACCAUCAUCGGUGACGAUGGAGAUAACAUGGUUGGGGAAAAUGGCCUGCCAAUAAAUGCAACAAUGGCUGCAAGAGCUGGCAAGGGAUUUUCCAAGAUGCUCAAUCUAUCUGAUAUUUGGGAUAAUACAGUUGAAGAUUUAGGACUUGUUUGGAAACAUAUUUUAAUAGCACUUGCUAUUGCUAUGGUUAUCUCAUUCAUUGGAUCUCCUGCUCCAAAUCAUAGCCGGUCCAAUGGUUUGGUUUUCAUGUUUGCAGUACUGGUCUUGUCAACUCUUGCUGUUCUCGGCUGCCUUAAACGCUAUUUUUGGCUCAAAUCUUUAACACCAGACGAAUUGGAUGAUACAGAUAUAUACACUGCUGAUCUCAAAAUUGAUUUCUCUGAUAUCAUUCGAGUAAAUUUACAUUCUAUUUUGAUGAACAAGAAGACUUGGCUUGUAUUUGCGAUUCUCUGUGGAAUCGUCUCUUUUUUACUCGCCGUUACAUUUGUAUUCCUCCGUAGUCGAGUUAAUAUUGCCAUUUCACUCAUCAAGGAAGCCAGCAAGGCUUUAGAUCAUGCUAAAUCUGCUCUGUUCCUUCCUUUUGUGCCAUACAUUUUACAAACUCUAGUCAUCCUCAUCGGAAUAUUCGUUGCCAUCAUGAUAGCCGCAGUUCAGAAGCCAACGUACCGGAUUUCCGGUACCAAUCACACUUCAGAAAAAGGAAUAAGAUGUGACCCAUUUACAUAUAAUGGUACUGAUGACUCAAAAUGUGAAAAGUUUAUUCCUUUUUCCAAUACCAUUCUCAACUCUGCUCACUUCUUCAAUCUCUUUAUGACUUUUUGGCUUCUGUUUUUCAUCAAUGGAAUGGUUAAAUUUAUCCUGGCUGGAGCAUUUGCCGCUUAUUAUUGGGCUUACAAUAAACCAGAUGAAAUUCCCUCAUUUCCAGUUGCGACAAGCACUUAUCGAGCCUUUAGAUAUCAUGCUGGGUCAAUCGCUUUUGGAUCGUUAAUCUUAGCCAUAUUCAGGAUGAUUAGAGUGGCUAUUGAAUAUGUUUACGAGAAGUGUAAAAUGUACACUGAUAAUGCUUUUGCCAAAGCGAUUAUGUGGACCUGUCGUUGCUGUUUCUGGAUGCUGGAAAAGUUCAUGCGUUUUUUGAAUACCAAUGCUUAUAUUAUGAUAGCUGUUCAUGGACAAUCUUUUCUGCCUGCUGCUAAAGAAGCAUUCUUCUUGUUACUUAGGAAUGUUGUCAGAGUUGCCGUUUUAGACAAGGUUGCUGAUUACUUACUUUUGAUUGGAAAGCUUGUGGUCACAGCAUUUAUGGGUCUAGCAACAUUUUUUUACUUUACCAAAGGAUACGAUUAUGAUCUCACUUAUUUCACACCUCCUGAUAUAAAUUAUACUUGGGUUCCUGUGAUCGCUGUUUGUAUUGGUACCUACUUCAUUGCUGAUUGUUUCUUUGAUGUAUAUGAAAUGGCAGUUGACACUAUUUUUCUAUGUUUCCUCGAAGACUGCGAACGUAAUGAUGGCUCACCUUCAAAGCCUUAUUUCAUGUCUGAAGAACUCAUGGAAAUUUUAGAGUAUCGUAAUCAACCCACCUCCCAAUUUUGAAACGUUUGUCAAACUGAUUCGUUUAUUUUUUGAACCCACCCGAAGCUCAUUCCAUUAAUUGUGCGCACAAUAUUUCUCCCAUUCAAUGAUUAUCUUUAACUUAAUCAUCAUCUCAUUCGCAAAUGAAGAAACAUGUCCAGGAUUGAAAACAGAAAGAAACAAUUGUUAAUCAAUCUAUAUGAGUUGUGACUCUUUUCUAAUUUAGUUAAUUAUGUAAAUUACUAAUGACUUGUAUGAUUGCAUUGACUGAAAAACUGACCGUAACAGUUUGCAGCCAAAAAUUUCAAUCUGCCAUUCCAUUUUCUUGAGCAUAAUAAACCAUGAAAAGUUGAUGAAA